CCGCGAGCCGCAGCGCCACGCAGACCACCCGAGCGUAGUACCGUCGCGCCGCCGGCACCGCGCAGAACGACCCCGGGGCGCCAGCGAGGCGCCCAAAAAACAGUCGACCAAAGAGGCGCUGUCAAGCUCCGGCGCGCGGAAAGACGACGAUGGCCGCCCUCACGGCGGCGAGCCCGUCCCCCAAGGACGACACCGACCGACGCAUCGCCGCAUUAACGGAGCACUUCGAGGCCGGGAGGACGGUCAAGGCCGUCGACGCGGCGCUCCAGGCGGCCUGCGCGAGCGCCGACGAGGCCCCGCGGCCGCGCAUCACGCUGCGCUUGAAGACCCACGGUGGCGCGAUAGAAUGCUGGGUUUUGGAGACGCACGAUGGAGUACCACAAGCGUUCCGCUGCGACCAGGAGGGCGCGGACGCCGACGUGGCCGCGAGCAUGGAGAUGGCGCUCGCCACGUUCCUGCGCUUAGCUGCGCGUCGCCUGAAGACUUCAAGAGCGGUCCUCGCGGGCCAAUGCAAGGCCUCGGGGCACCGCCGGUCCCUGGAGCGGUGGGGCCCCAUGCUGACGGACGCCAAGAAGCGACUAGCCGACGCGCUGGACCUGCGGGCGCCGCCCCCUUCCGUCAUUGAGAAGAAGGGCUGGUUUCGGCGGCGGUCGCGGGACUGGCGCUGCGCCGUGUCCGCGCUCAAGUCCCAGACGGUUGGAGGGAGGUGGCGGCUCCGCGCGGAGAUCGCGGCGCCGUCGACCUCCAGGGACGUGCGCGUCGAUUGUCGAGCGUCUGAUAUGGAAUGCGGCGAGGAGCUGCGGCGGGAACUUGGGGCACUCCAACGGGCCGCGGCGUCGGCGCUCGGCGUGAACGAGGACCUUCCCGACCUCCCGGCAGCGGCGUCGUUCACGGGCGGCCGCGUCUGCCGCAUCGCGAUCACGCAGAAGGGGAGCGUCGUCAAACUCUCCAUCCUUGCGUGCGCGCCCGGCGCUGUCAACGCCGCCCUCACGACGACGUCGCUUGACCUGCGGGAGACGGACGACGUGCACGUCGCCGUGGCAGAUAUCUGCUCGGAGAUCGGCGCGGCAUGGGGCCGCCUCACGCGCAAGGAGCGGUCGCGGUCGAAGUCGCCGCUGCGCUCGCCGCUGCGGCAGGUCAACGCCGGGGACGACAGGGCCUGGGAGCCGCCGGCGAAGCAGACGUCCUCGGCGCUCGAGACGGCCGACCUCGCCAAGCUCCACAAGGGCAAGCAGGCGUACCUGGACCGCCUCGUGCGCAAGGCGAACUUCUGAUCCACCCCCUGUCUCGAAACUAAGACCCAAGUGUUCUCGAAGCAUUAGGCACAGUG